CUCUAUAAUUCUGGCAAACAAUGGACUAUAAUUAUGGAAAAUCGUCUAAUCUCCAUUAUCCUUAUAAUAUGCAACAGUUUGAGGAGGGAAAAUUCACACAUGAUUCCCAAGUACUUAGAGAAAUUCAGCCAAUAAACCCUAGCAGUGGAUGGGGGCACACUGCGAUGCAAUUUCCCAUGGAUAACAGAUGCAAUAGUUUUACCGCGGAAAAUAUCCCAAAGCCUUCAGCAGGAAUUCACGAAAUCAAGAAGGAGGAUGAUGACUUUGAAAGGUCAAUUUCAAUGGCGUCUGAGUAUAAUUUUUCUGAAAAUAAUGAAAAGCCUGCAAUGGUAUACCCUAGAACCAAUUAUGCAGUCCCUAAUAAGGCUGAGAAUGAAAUGAGAUCUCCUUCUGGAGCAUCUCAUGAGGAAAGAGAGAAACCUAUGUACUAUGCUCAAUCUACUAAUUUGUUUGAGCAAAUAUCAACCACUGUGAAACCAGUCUCAUUAAACACUGAUUACACGGCUAAAGUCGUUGAUAUCUGCUCCAAGAAGAUUCCAGUGGUAAUGUCUGGAACAGAGAAAGGAGAGUGGAAUGCAAGCCUCCUUUUUAAAAUUAAAUCAAAAUUUGACUCUAAUGCUUCAAGAAAAUCUCUAGUCUUUGAGAUUACAAUGGAAGAUGAUCCUCAAUUUUUGUAUACUUGUGAGCUUGGAGAGAAUGAUUAUCACGAGAUUUCUAGAACCCAAGGGAUUACUAUUGAAUUUCAUAAUUUCCCUGGAGUAUUCUUCACAAGUUUCCUUGAGCCUUGAAUUGAUAAGCGUCAGACCCACAACUUACCUCUAUUUUACAGAUACUGCACCCUAGAUUUUGAUCAGUCUAACAAUUCUGCCAGAUUCUCUGUAAAGAGUAAAGAGCAAUAUAGUCUGAUUACAUCUGUUUAUUUCAUUUUCAAAUAAAUCCAGUGAUGAGAAUAAGCUAGGAUAUCUCAGCAAUACAAUCAAAAAUCUCAAAGAGAAAAUAUCAACUCUCACUGAGCAGUUAAAUGAGAAGGUUCAUGAACUAGAAGGAUCGAAACAACACAUUCAAGGACUCCAAAGACAGAUAGAAGAUAAGAAUGGUGAAUUCUCUCAAUCUGAAGCAGAAGGAAAAUCAGCUAAACUCAGAGUGGAAGACCUUUCUAAAGCCAAACAAGAACUUGAAACCCAACUUAGUUCUAGAACUAGUGAGCUAGACAGAUACAAAACAGACUAUGAAGCUAUAGCUAAGGAGAGAGAACAACUUCUUAAGAACAAAAUUGAGAUUGAAGGCCAAAAUAAAGAAAUGUCAAGAACUAUUGAAAUCCUCCAACACGACUGAGAAUCCUACAAGACUGAUGUUAAUAGACUUAUUGAGGAAAAUAAGGAGCUACGUGAGCUCAAGAUCAACAACAGCAAAAAUCUGACCGAACUUCAGGUCAAAAAUGAGCAUUUGAAUAAGGAAAUAUUAGAUAAAUCUCAAUCUGUCGCUGACAAGGAUACUAUUAUAAAGACCCAGAGCAAUCAAAUAGACCAACUGAAGGAGCGAGUGCAAGGACUUGAUAAGAAGACUAAGAAAAUGGAAUUCAAGCUCAAUACUGCUUGCGAACAGAUCAACAAAGGAAAUAAAUAUUUUGAGAAAAUGCAAGAAAAGAAUAAGGUUCUGAAGGAAAAGAACUACGAAGAUCAAAACAAACUCAAGAAAUUAGAACAAACUUCUGAGGAGUAUCAGAACAGAGUGGAAAAGGAACUCAAAGAAUUGAGGGAAAUUGCCAAAGAAGCUGAAGAAUUGAGAAGCACUAAUCAGUAUUUGAAUAGAAAGCUUACAGACCAGACAAAAUUGAAUGAAAAAUCUGGAUUAGCUAUGAAUAAUGUAUCAAGGUUCCAGCCUUCGAUGAAUCCUGUUACUACUUCUCCAUCAAGGUUUGAUCCUUCUAAGAUUCCUAGCACUGGCUUGAAUAAACCUCCAGCAUUCAAAUCUUCUUUCCUUUAUAAACCCAGCUGUAGUUCAAGCGAGAGACCUCCUGCUGGAACUGACAUGGGAAGACCAUCUUUCCAGAACAAUCAGUUUACUCCAACUUCAAAUUACCAAAAAUCUCCUUGAUCUAGGUAUUCUGAGAACAGGGAUCCUAAUCUGAAUCCUUCUGCUUCUUCUCUCCAUUCAGUGAAUUUCACUGGGAUGUCAGGAACAAAUAGUGUGCACUCGAGCUACAGUGUUCACAAGGGCUCAAGUAUGCAAAUGUCUUUGGUGCAUACAACUAAGCCAGGGCAAAUGCCAGCAGAACCUUUUGGAAAAAUGCCAGAGGAGGACUCGUUAGAACGGAAAUCCUCUAAAAAGUCUAAUUCACAGAAGGAUAAUCCACCAAGCGAUGAAGACAGCGAUGAUAACGAAGAAGGUAUUGUUCCUGUAAAAUACUUUUAAAAUUAAUUUAUUCAAGCCUCUA